AUGUUCUCAUGUUUGGAAGUUGCUUCCGAAAAAAGAUCUAACAAGGUUAUCUAGGCCUCGUAAAAUUCUUCAUUUCCAGUCGGAGGACGAGGAGAUUGUCCAUCAAUUGAACGCCUUCCCAAAUGUCGACAUCUCUUCCACAAAGAAUCAAGCAGACAUCUAGUCGUUCGUUGAAAGUGAAACAAGAAAGCUGGUUAAACAGGGUGCCCUGCUCAGAAGUAUCCAGCAAAAAGAGGGCCUCGAAGCCGACAUCAUCAAGCAAAUUUCAGAAGAUGCGGCAGGGAUGUAAGUAUAAAUCCCCAGGUAAAUAUCUCAAUUACUAAAGUGCCCCAGGCUUCGUUUGGCGAGUAUGCAGCUUCAAUACUGGAACACCUUGAAAACCGAGGAGCAUAUUCGCUCCCAACUCCGAAGAGUACCGCCCAGUUUAGAAAUGCUCUACAAGGAGAUCUACGAUAAGAUUUCUGCGAACCAAGGCAACAAUUCUCAGAGAGUAGCGAGGAACACAGUUUGUUUGUUACUACACCUAAAGGAGAAUCUCUUGCCCGCAGAGUUCAUCAAGCUGGUUCAAGAAUCAUCUGCACAUCUCAAUACCAACGCCAUCCUUGAUAUAUGUUGUAAUCUUGUGGUUUUGGAUAAGACAUUAAAUGUUUUUCGCUUCGCUCACCUCAGCGCUCGGGAGUUCUUUGAAAAGCUGCCUGAUCUUUGGGAACAUAAGUCUCACUCGAUUGUCGCAGCAAUCACGAUGAAACACAUCGAUAUAGCGAAGAGAAGCGAGUGGCUUAAGAAAUAUACCAAAGAGCCAACCAACACCAUUGGCGAUUACAUUGCUUUUUGGCUAGUAUAUCAUUUCCACUUAGCGGGGCGCAUUGAACAACCGGAUUCUUCGUUUUUGAAAGAAGCGAUUGCUUUAGCAUCUCGGCAAGAUCUUUCGGAAUUUCGAGCUGACGAGCAAGUCUUGUUCUUGAAGCGGGCCGAUUGCAGGCCCCGGGUACCUAACAACACCAACGAAAAUCUACGGCUUCUCUUCAAUGCAUGUGCUAUCGGAUUUUCUGAGAUUCUCGAAGCAUUCAUUAUCAACAUCAAAAAUUUGGAAGAUCGCUCACCGGAUUUUCAAUUGUCCGAAAAUCAGUCGUGGAUCUUCAGCGAAGGCACAAAGAUCCUGAAAGAGGUUUCGAAUGAUUUUAAUUUGGUACAUUUCAAGGAGGCCCUGACGAAAGACAAUUUGAUUCAACUCGCCUUUCAUUCCAUUUCUCACGGAAACUAUCCUGUGCUGAAACUUUUAUUAACGAAAAGAUUGUGUCAUGUGACUGAGGGGAUGCUUUUGCAGGCCGUGAAUGUAUAUGACACCCGAAAGACUUCUGGCUCAGAUUAG